CGAGACCGUUCUUUCCUUGCUUCGAGCACAACCACAGGGGCGAAUAGAAAUACAAGAUCUACUCCAAAAAUGUUGACGCAACGCACAGGCUCGUUCUUCCGAACAUUCCUGGUCGCCGCACUGUCGGCAUCCGGUGGGUGGAACCAUGGUUUGGACAGUGCAAUUCUGGUAGACGCGCACAAGGACCACCCCAUUGAACCGUCCUCUAGCGACAAUGCUUCUCUCAAUGGUAGGGUAGACUGGUGUCCCGGAUAUUUCUCCGGCGAUGGGGGCGCCUGUGCCUCAAUCCUGCCCUCCGGCGCGUCGUGGGGACAGUGCACGUACUACGAAAGCGACACCGACAACGGAACCACGAGACUCGAGACGAAGGUUUGUCUGUGCACGGUAGACGAUCCGUUCUGGAGGUGCGUUUCUUCUACUGUCACCGAUCCCCCCCUUGGGUCUUCCACUGAACCCACAGCAACACCCACCAGGUUCUUUCGAUUCAAGACUCCGUCCCCGACUACCGAACCGACCGCUACCCACAGCAGCCAUCCCUCCCCCGCACCCAGCGCAUCGCCGACCCAUCCACCAACCCGUGCUCCAUCCACGCAACCGUCUGCCGCACCGUCCGGGACACCAACGAGCUUCUUUGUCUACAAUACCACCCCGACGGCCAAUCCGACUCGCGCCUCCCGCCGAUGGGGAGUCGUCGUCGCGUACGGGAAUCCCCCGCCGGAGGAGCACAAGCCUCUGAACCUGUGCGAGGGUGAUUGCGACACGGACGAUGACUGCGUCGAUGGCCUGAUUUGUUUCCAUCGUAUUGGCCACGACCACGUUCCGUACUGCCACGGGGGGAUGCGCGAUGAAACCCCCAGCGACUACUGCACAUAUCCACCGGACGAUGGAGCCAUGGAAGCCUCUGCAACCCCAUCGGCUGCUCCAUCGGCUGCUCCAUCGGUUACUCCCUCGGCUGCUCCCUCGGCUACUCCCUCGGCUACUCCCUCGGCAGUCCCAUCAAUGAGACCAUCUUUAAACCCUACGGAAAGCCCUACAGAAAGCCCUAGCGUGUCGCCAACCGACACACCUAGCUUCUCACCAACCGAUAGCCCUUCGGCAUCUCCUAGCGAUUCUCCAAGCGUGAGUCCAUCGGAAAGUCCUAGUGCAUCACCAUCCGAUAGACCUAGCGUCUCACCAAGUGAUAGCCCUUCGGCUUCUCCUAGUGAUUCUCCAAGCGGACGUCCAUCGGAUAGUCCUUCUAUUUCCGUGGCACCUUCUUCGUCCGUUCAACCCAGCAAUUCUCCUUCUAUAUCUGCAAACCCUAGUAGCUCACCAUCGUCGAGUCCAUCUGAUGCCCCCAGCUCGUCGCCGAGUGCAAGUCCAUCUUCAGAACCCAGCGCAAAACCAUCGGCAUCACCUUCGGAUAGUGUAGAACCUAGUUCGGAGCCGUCCUCAGAGCCUAGUACAAAUCCAUCGAUGCAUCCCAGUGAGUCUCCAUCGAUUUCAACGCGGCCAAGCGCAAUACCUACGGCCUCACCGACUUCCAGUCCCAGCAGUGGUCCAACUAUGUCUUCUGUGCCAUCUGCACCACCUACUAUGAUUCCAUCUUCCUAUCCUAGUAGCCAACCAACUCACAAACCAUCGAAAAGGCCCUCUAAAUAUCCAACAAUGCGCCCUACCCCUGAUCCAACUCCAAAUCCAACGCCUCAACCAACUCCAAGACCUACACCCAAUCCCACUCCUGACCCAACACCGCAACCAACACCUCGGCCCUCGCUGAGACCAAGUGCUGACCCAACUCCACAACCUAGCCAUUCUAGUGAUCAACCAUCUCAGCAACCAUCGAUGAAGCCCAGUAGAAAUCCAACUKGGAAGCCAUCAGUGAGCCCUACACCCGAUCCGACUCCAAGGCCCUCACUAAGACCAAGUCGAGACCCAAGCUCAAGUCCCACGCCAAAUCCAACUCCGGAGCCAACUCCUCACCCUACGCCUCGUCCAGAAAAACCUCCAUCGAGUGCUCCUUCAUCCUCGCCAUCAAUCAAAGCAACAACUGACAAUGCUGCAACUCCUGAACCCACCAAUACGAAGAAAAACUGCUAUUACAACGGGGUUUGGUAUGAGCAUGAUACAUGGUACGCAGGCCAAAGUCAAACAUGCAAAUGCUAUGAUGGGGGUUGGAUAGGAUGCUUUCUGAACUCCGACACUCGCGAUCCAACAGAAACUCCGACACAAGCAAGUGCAAAUCCUACAUCAGUACCUACGCCUCCUUCGAAAAUGCCUGUUUCCCAGUUGGCAACAACUUCAUCGCCGACUGGAAAUACCGAAGCUCCAACAGCAACAACUGUUGCUCCUUCCCCUAUCCCGACGUUAGCAUCUCAAUCGCCUUCCGACAGAUCUGCAACAGACUUGCCUUCAGAGAGCCCUAUUACUGCGAAAACGGGAACUCCGUCUAGUUCCCCGACUGGAUCACCAACAGCAGCAACUACAAUCCUAACGACAAAAGGUUUAUCUUAUGUGCCAUCGGAGAGUCCUUCAGCUAGCCCUUCAGCAAGCCCCUCGGCAAGCCCCUCAACGAGACCAAGCGCUGCAAAAACAGGGACUCCUACAUCCCAACUGCCAACAGUCUCUACUGCGCCGACAUCUUCGCUUGAACCAACAUCGUUUUUCAUUUUUAAGAAUUGAAUCGGCGAUAAACCCCACGGCGAUAUCCAGCCUAACAGUCUGAAUUGACAGAGUCAACGGACGUUGAAGAAAUGGAAUUGUUUAUCGACUUGAUCCCACAACUCUAGAGCACGCAUAUUCGUCUCAUCUCGACAGGAACGAAUCUCAUUUUAAUAUACAUCAAGUCGACUUACAAAGACGAAUACAUAGUGGGAAAAUCCUAUACAGACACCUUUGUAUUUGUCUACACCAAAACAUACAUGUUUAGUACGAAGUUUCAGUAGUAUAUUUUUAUCAAAUCAAAUAAAUUAAACACAUUGCG